CAGCUGUUUACGGAAAAGAAGAAAACGAAAAUAUGUUUUGUUUGGGUUCUUUGUUUAAGUGCCAUUUUUUGGGUUUAACAUAGAAUCUUUUCAAAUUAAAUGAAUAAUUCCGUAAAAUAUUGUAAUUUGAUAGUGCUUUUAACCUUGUUGUUGUGCAGCACACAUUCUACGCUAGCCGAAAAUGUAACAUCCCAUUCGCAGAAUGGUAAACUACCGGAGCUUGUCUGGAGCGUUCCUUCGGAAUCGGCGAAUGCCGAUGUGUUGUUCCUGGAACCAGUCGUAGAUGUACCGCAGUUGGAUUAUAAGGUAGUUCAGCUCACUGUUCCGAAGAAUAUCAAAAUGAACGACAUCAAUGAUUACCGGGAAAUAGUGCUUCCGGCUUAUUCAAACACAGAAAUUCAACUGACCAACAUGGGCCGAAAUGGCAAGCACGUAGGAUUUGCGCUGAUUCAGGUGAAUGCGUACGAGUACAAUGUUACCCUUAGCUACACGAAAACCAUCAUAGAGGGAGGCCACCUAACAGGAUUGAAUCUUGGUUUGAUCUUGAACAGAGAGGGCAGUCUGUAUGCUAUCAAUACGAAUCCUCAUGAGGACAUAUGGGUUUCGUUGGUUCUCAUGUUGUACAACAAGACUGCUCCUUUGCCGGGAGGGUGCAACAUGGAAUUUCCGGUGGAGGUUUCCCCGGUUAUGAAUCUCACUUUAGGGGACUCUACCAUCGAGGUCGACACGCCACCUGCAUCUGCGGCUAGGCAGUUCAACGAGAGCUGUGGCAAAGCGGAUCUGAAAUAUGAAUCUUACUACCUGUCGAUGCCGUCAUACGAUUUUUCCCAGAAAACCUAUUUCACGUAUAUUCGCAAACUGAUCAGCUAUGCCAAUGCGAAAGCUUCCGGAAGACUGAAUAACUUGACCAGCUCCGUGUCGAGCAUCAAGCGGAUUUACGAUCGACAAAUAGGCCGGGGCAUGGUGUUUGUGACGGUGGUUAUUAAUCCGGUCCAUCAAGGAUUUUCCGCUUAUGUUCCGGUUCACUCGUAUGCUUGCCAGCCAUUCGUCAACGUCGGUGGAUGCUACGAAUUCAACGUUCCCAUACGGGUAGUGGGAUUGAUUGUGACAAUCAUCAUGGCCGCGGAAAUUAUAAUCGGGUUUUGUCCUGGUAUUGUGAAAGCAUUUAUUUGCGGAGGAAUAGUUGGCCUAAUUGCAACGAUGAAGUUUGUCAAGGCGUGUAACCUACCCGUAACGGAUACGGAGCUCGUUGCAAUGCUGGUCCUGGGAACUAUCGUUUGUGCCGUGCUAUUCACUGCUACAGCCAUAUAUUGUCCCAUAGCGGCCAUUCUUAUAUGCAACAUUGUUGUUGGCUACAUGAUAUGCAGCGUCAUCUACUACGGAUUUUACGGCAACCUUUUCAUCCAUAUGUACGUGACACUCAUACUGCUCUUGUGUGGCAUCGGAUUAGGAUUACUGUUGACCUCAAUCCCUGCAUUUCUCCUUGCCAACAGUUUCCUGUUCGGGGCAGUUGCUUUGUUCUAUGGGGUCAACGUGGUAUUUAGCGCUCGCCUACAUUACUCGCUUCGUAAUUUGUAUCAUGGAGUUUACGAAGAAAAUUACCAGACCGUUCUGUCCGAUUCCACAUUGGACAUAAACGAGAUAAUGGCCUGCGCAAGCUUCAUUAUAAUUCUCUCAAUAUGCAUCUACUUGAGAGUCCGGUGUCGACUUCGGGAAAAUCAAGCCGUGCCUAGUGGAUUUUGGGUUCCAUGUGGGCAUCGUGGAUCCAGAAGCAGCCUUGCCAUUCUAGCUGACGAUGCUUUUACGUACGAUCAUCCAACAAUAACCCGUUGGACGAGCGGUGACGAUGAUGUGUUUGAAUCGCCGGAGACUAAUGCGAGAUUUUUCGAUCGUCUUCGUAAUUUCCGACGGCAGAGAGUUCCUACUUAGUUGGGUCAACUGAACAGUAAGCAGCUUUUGAUCAAUAUAUACCAAUGAAUAUAUAAUCUCAUUUUCUUCUAAAAUUGCGAAUUGCCAAAUUAUUUGAAUCUAGUAGCUUAUUAUGCUUAUAUAAUAAAUUUCUUUCUUCACAAAA